AUGACAGCUGACAUCCUGAAGGCUGGCAAAGAUGUUCUUGUGAAGCGACGUGUGUCUGAUUGUGGUGCCCAUUUAUGUGUUGGUGGAGUGAAAGCUGUGCAAGACAUACGGCUCCCCAAGACUGGCAAACAGAAGUCUGUGCUGCUGGUGUCCAGCCAAGAAACAAAUUCCGUAAAUCAUGAAACUGCAACUACUGAAAGCCAAAACGAGUUUUCCUCUGACGAGCAACCAGUAAAUGUGCCCAAAGUAACACGUAAACGUAAACGUAUCAAAAAGCCAGAGGAGCGUAUACGCGCCCCAAAAUUUACUCCUGCCGAGAAUGAUGUUCUGAUUCAAGGUGUGGUGAAGAAUUAUUCAAAGUUAUUUGGUCGCCUUAACGGCCUAAGUGUGCCCUACGACUCUAAGGAAUCUAUAUGGCGAGAGAUUGCCAUGAAUGUUAGCGCAGAGGGAGUCUGUGUGAGAACAGCCCAUGUUUGUAAAAAACGUUACCAUGAUUGCAAGAGUAAUGUUAAACGAAAAAUGGCCCUGGAGAAAAAAUAUGUAUCUGGCACUGGCGGUGGAUCUCCAAUACAAGUUGAUUUUCAUUCUUGGGAAGUUCCUUUACAGGAAAUAGUUUGCCCUGCUGGAAUAUUUGGAAUUGAAGGAGGCAUCGAUACUGGCAACGUUAAGAAUGUUCAAGGUAAUUGUGUUUUGAUUAAGCGACCUGUCUUGUAG